AUGCCACGUCAGAAACCACUGCCGGCCAUCACCACUACACUUACAGCCGCUGCUCCCAACAUAUCUACCUCGAAACCAUCUGUCGAAUCUUCAUCCCGCGACUACUCUCCAGCCUCCGUGGUCGAGGCCAAAAUUGUUGUUAUUGGAGCCCAGGGUGUGGGAAAGACGAGUCUGGUCCAGAAGUUUGUCAACCCCAAUGCGUCGGUGGCCACUAAGCCCACUAUCGGAGCCGAGUUUGUCACGAAAAAGCUACACGAUUCAGACACGAAUACGACUGUGAGAUUGCAAGUAUGGGACACUGCUGGGCAGGAGAGGUUUCGCUCAAUAUCUAGACUAUACUAUCGUGGAGCGCAUGCUGGAAUUCUGUGCUACGAUGUCACGAGUGAGAGCUCUUGGGAGGAGAUGAAGGAGUGGCUGGAAGAAAUCCGACAAAACUGCGAAUUCUCCUCCAACGAGAGCAAACCUGGUACAGGCAUGAUUUUACACGUCGUUGGUACAAAGGUCGACCUGGUAGUCGACGAUCCCUCGAAGCGUCAAGUGUCUUUCGAAAGAACAAUCACCUAUGUCGCUGAGCACCUAGCCGGUCUGAAUCUGGUAGCCAGCACCUCUUCAACACCACCACUUACCAUGAAGUCUGGCAACAUCGCUUCGAACUCUGUCAUGAGUCCCGACUCAAAACGCAGUUCAAUAUUUUGGACUCAGGAUCCAGCAUGGGACUCCUGUCAUGAGGUCUCUGCACGGGACAAUGACGGCAUUGAAGAGGUUUUCCGUGUCAUCGCAAAGAAGCUGAUAGACCAACGGAACAAGAGAGUGGCUUCUGAACAAUCACAAACUCCUUGGCCUGGAUCAGAAGGAGACUGCUUCUCUCACCAAGAUCCUCGAUCGGCCAACACCAUGAAUACGGGCAGUUUCAGGCUAGGUCACGGUCAUCGUAGGAGCUGGCUCGGAUUGCCAGGAGUUGCUGCUGGUCUAGGCAUCGGAGGAGACGAUAGCAACGACCUUGGCAAUGGAAGCACAGCCAACUCUUUCACUCGAGACCCCGAGGAAGCGCGGAGACGAGGCAGGUGUUGCUAA